GGCGCAGGAUACGAAUGAUGGCGACUUUUUGUGCAGGAAGACGCGCGCAGUGGUCUCUUGAAGGGAGGACGGCUUUGGUCACAGGCGGAACGAAGGGAAUCGGUAAAGCUAUCGUGGAGGAGCUGGCUUGCCUUGGCGCGAAGGUGCUGACGUGCUCCAGGACCGAGGAUGGCGUAAUAGCCUGCAUUACGGAGUGGAGAGCGAAGGGGUUGGAAGUUCACGGUAUCGCGGUGGAUGUGACAACGGCGGAAGGGCGGCAGGAGUUGUUCAGUGCGGCAGAAGAACACUUCGACGGUGCUCUGGACAUCCUCGUCAAUAACGUCGGGAGGAGCAUUCGCAAGAGCAGCACCUUCGACUUCACGCCGGAAGAGUUCGAGACCAUCAUCAACACCAACUUCAGCACGGUCUUGUCGCUGACAAAGCUCUUUCAUCCUUUGCUGAAGGCGGCGGCAGCGGCCGAGGGAGCGCGGGACAAAGGAGGAUCGUCCGUGGUAAACAUCUCCAGCAUCGCCGGCGUCACCGCGGUCAAGACAGGCGCAGCCUACGCUGCAAGCAAGGCUGCGAUAAACCGGUUAACGAUCAACUGGGGGUGCGAGUGGGCUAAGGACGGGAUCAGAGUCAACGCCGUUGCCCCAGGGGCAACAAACACGCCUUCCACGGAGUCGGUACCCAGGAGUACGGAGCUUAUGGACCGGAUUCCUAUGGGUCGAUGGGCUGAUCCCCACGAAAUCAGUGGCCAGGUCGCUUUCCUCUGCAUGAAGGGCGCGAGCUACAUCACUUCUCAGGUCAUCUGUGUCGACGGCGGCUGGGCGAGCAACGGAUGGAUGUGA